AAGUCCACAAAGCAGUUGUGUGAAAGUGCUUUAGUCCUGUCUGAUGGAGGUUUGCUUUCUCUGAGCCCAUCGAGGAGGCGUUGACUGCUGUCCAGAUUUUGGCGGGAAAUACAACAGGGCUAUGGGAGGCGGUUGCGUUUAUGGCGGGAAAUAGUGCACAGAUUUUGGCGGGAAAUACAGCAGGGCUAUGGGAGGCGGUUGAGAUUAUGGCGGGAAAUAGUGCACAGAUUUUGGCUUGAAAUACAGCAGGGCUAUGGGAGGCCGUUGAGAUUAUGGCGGGAAACAGUGCAGGGGUAUGUGAGGCGAUUUAGCUCAGGUGAGAGUCAGGAUGUGGAGGAGGGCGGAGAAGGGAGGGCAGAAAGUCAGCAGGCGUGAGGACGGACAGACACAAGGUGCUGCCGUGGUGGUUGGCAAUGAACACGGGCGUGGCCAUGGUCCAGGUGCUGGGAGAGGUGUUCGUGGUACAGAGAAUGUUCCUGGUCUGCUCUCAGGACUCUGGAGUGCCGCCGCAAAGGCUGCCUCGAAAGCAAUGGGGGGACGUCCCAAAACAUUGUACUCUAGGAUCGCUCUCGGUGGAGAGGAGAAAGAGGAGGAGGACGAGGAGGAGGAGGGGGAGGGGGAGGAGGAGGAGGAGAGAGCUGACGACGACAAGUUUAUCUCCAAGGACGGGAUCCAGACACAAUCUGCCAUGCUCAUUGUUACAUCAGGUUCAGGGUCUGAUGCUGCACAAGGUCAAUCAAGAACGAUGAUCGAGAUGACUGCCACUAAUCCAACGACAAGUCGCAGCGGAGGGGAGAGAGGUGAACAAAGAGAGAGAGUAAGUCGAGGUAAUGGCGAUGGUGGACGUUCGCUAGCCUCCUCAAUGUUGGCUUCAUCUUCUUCAGCAUCUCCUCCAAUACCUUCUCGAGCAUUCUCACACCCUCCUCCUCCUCCUCCUCCUCCUCCUCCUCCUCCUUCUUCUUCUUCUGCUGCUGCUGCAGCACAUGGCAGGAGCAAGUGGUUUGCGAUUAGAAAGGACUCCGAGGUAGAAGAUGUGCAAGGCGAUGGACUUGGAUAUGGUGGGAAUGGGAGUAGAGAGGGAGGGAGAGAGGGAGAGAGAGGAAGAGAGGGAGAGGGAGAGGGAGAGGGAGAGGAUCCCGAAAGAAACGGCAGAGGAAGGGUGGAGGAAUUGACAGUAGACGAGAUCGUGGAACGUUACGUGGGGGAGUUUGGCCCUGGUCAGUUUUUCAAUUUUGUGUUGGCGUCAUUCGGAUGGGUGCUUGUGGCAUCCCAUACGUUGGUUAUGAUUUUCGCGGACAUGAGUCCCGAUUGGAAAUGUGUUGAGCACCUACCCACACAUGCAACAGAACACCUACCCCCCAAUCCGUCCUCUCAUCACUCCAGUCUCCUCUCCCCCAGUAGUAAUAAUGGGGUAACCACCUCUUUCACUCCAUCCUUGGGGAGCAGCAGUAGCAGUAGCAGAUCGUCGUCCCUUCCUUUUUCUCCUCCUCCUCCUCCUCCUCCUCCCUCUUCUCCCGUGUUUUCCCGGGUUCUCUCUGGGGAUUUCCACGAGUCCGAUUCCGUCCAUCACCAUCGGCAUCGCGAUCCUGAUAAAAAUACGGUUAAGGAUACGCCCAAGAAUCGGGAUCGGGAUGGGAGAGGGAUGCGGAGGGGAGGAAAUCGGCAUCUUGCCCACCCAUCGGACACCCGUUGGGGUUGGUGGGUGGCACUCAGCCGUCAGAUCUUCAAAGGCUUUGGGCGUCGUCGAUCCGAAAACUCCAAAGCCGCAGGAGUCGGCUGGCCCAGCGGGGGCCGGGCCUCUUACGAGCCUCAAUCUGUUGACGUCAACAGUUCACCCCCAAGUUUGCGGGACCAAAGGCUUGCUGAUGGAGGGAGGCAGUCGUCCUCAUGCGACGAGGUGUCCGCCAUAGCCAGCGCCAUAGCCAGCAGCAGGACGAGCUGCGGCUAUGGAGAAGAGGGUGAAGAAGAAGAUUCUUGGGGACUGGUAGAUGAUCGCUGCUCUCGUCUUCCUCCUCCUCCUCCUCUUCCUCCCCCUCUUCUUCCUCCUCCUCCUCCUCCUCCUCCUCCUCCUCCUCCUCCUCGUGGUCCUUCUCUUCGAGGUCAUUUGCGUGCUCAUCACCUUCGUCGUCGUCUUCAGGAGAUCAACUUGUCAGCUGAUGGAUAUGGCCAAUCAAGCUGGAGGAUGGAGUGCUGGCAGGCCUCCUCGCUCUGCGAAUUACAGCCAGACCAAUGGGUGUGGACAGGAGGCCGCCACGUGUCCACUGUUUCAGAGUUCAAUCUUAUCUGUGAUGAAGAGUACAAGGCAGGAUUGUCCGGAUCUGUUUUCUUCAUCGGACGCCUGAUAGGUGCAGGUGCGUUUGGAAGCCUGGCUGAUGGGAUUCUUGGGCGUCGGGGCACGCUGAUGGCUGCCUCCGCUAUGGCAGGAACCUUUGGUGUGCUGUCUGCUUGCUCUCCCUCGUUUCUGAUCUAUGCCUUCUGUCGAGUGGGGGUGGGCGUUGGGUGUGGGGGAAUAGGAUCGACCGCCUUCGUGUUGGCGACAGAGCCGGUGGGGGCCUCUCGCAGAGGAGCUGUCGGUAUCGCGACCAUGUACUUCUACUCCCUUGGGGUCAUGCUUCUUGCCUUGCAGGGCUAUCUGUUUCCCACGUGGCGCUCUGUGCUGAUGUCAGUGAGCAUCCCCUCCCUAAUCUACCUGCUGCUGUGCUGGCAGUUCCUCGAAGAGUCGCCGCGAUGGCUGCUCGUACGUGGCAGGGCUGACCAGGCUAUGGUUAUCAUGAAGAGAAUCGCAAGAAGAAACAACAACGUCGUCCCGGACUUUGUGCAGCUGAAGAUGGAAUCCUGCUCUUUGGAAAUCGGACAUGCCGUCAUACAUCCGACAAACAGUGCUCCACGUGGCGAUCGCUCCGACACCCGACGCAGACAAGUCCACCAUCAGCCUACCCCUCCUCAUCGUACCGAUGGCCUGGAAGUCAUGGGGGCAGAAGAGGAGGAUGACAGUACCUGGAGGACAAGCCAUGAGCUCCAUGCCAGAGACGUCAGCUGCAGUGACAGCAGACAGACUAGCAAUGCGAAAGAUAACUUAACGGGCACAACUUUUCCUCCUCUUUCUCCUGUUGUUCCACAUGUUUCUUCUCCUACAUGUUCGCGUAAGGACAAGCAGCCUGUGGGGGCCAUGCCUCUUUCUCCUCCUGUUGCUCCUCUUUCUCCUCCUGUUCCUCCUCUUUCUCCUCCUGUUCCACAUGUUUCUCCUCCUACACGUCCGCGUAAGGACAAGCAUCCUGUGGGGGGCAUGGAACAAGGCGAGAGGAGGGAGGACGAAACGCAACAUGCCCUCCAUCAACUUCAAGAAGAGGCCGGAAAGAGUCCGGAAAGCAGGUGGUCUAAGGAUUGGAAUGAGCCCGUUAGCCCGAGCGUGCAAGCGGAUGGACCAGCUGGGCCACCGAACAAUGGCCUGCCUGCAUUCCUGGUCCUGGUUCAGCAGCAGGACCAGCGGCACGGACAAGCUGGGCCUGGGCCAACGAGCGUCGGGUCUCCGCAACACCCGUACCAUGUCCCGAGCCAGCGGUUCCGCGAACUGGACCAGGAACACAAGGCUGAAGUCCUUGGUCCAACGAGCUGCAACAUUCCCCAAGUCCCGGUCCAGGAUGUGGACCACCUCCAAGCUGGCACUGCAGGUUCUUGGCAAGGCCAGGGUCAAAUAGAUGAUGGGCUUCUAGCUGCCGCAGGGGGGCAUCCUUUUGGCGAGCUUGGUAUCAUUGAGGAGGGCAUUGAUGAUGAAAGGGACCCGGAUCGCACCGGGCCUGACAGUCGGACUGAGCAGGACGAUAACGACGCUGAUGACUCGUCAUCCUCUUCUUCCUCAUGGCUGUUGAUGGCCCGAGCUGGCGGGACCACCAGUAGAAGCACGGCGAAUAUUCUUCUGGACAACCUUCUGGGUAAGGCUCAGAACCUGAUGAAGAGAGCUAAGGGGAGUACCCAGAAAGGUCUGGGGGGUCUGCAGUGCUUCUUGACCCGGACAGGAAGGAAACUGGGUGACACCGUCAAACGCCAUAGGUUUGUCUGGAAAGGCCUCAAAAACAAGGAGGGUGCUCACCAAGCCGGCAGCGGUCGGGGUCAACGAGGCCUUAGGGACAUCUUUGCUCAUCCUGAGGCAAGGAAGAGGCUGCUAUUCGUUGCCUACAUCUGGCUUGCAUGUUCAAUUCUCUAUAACGGCCUGAUCCUCAACUCCGCUAAUCUGGGAAACAACCUUUACCUGCAGACAUUCAUCAACGGGGUAACGGAGAUACCCUCCUUCAUCUUGGCAGCCUUCUUCAUGGCUCGAAUAGGACGCCGUUCCUCACUGAUUGCCGGCAUUCUACUGGGGUCCGUCUGCUCGUUCGCUUGUGUAGGUGUACCUUCCGUCUUGCGGGCCUCAUUUGCAGACCAUUCCUCCUCCGUUUCUCCUCCACCCUUGGUCGGCGAUGUGGCGGCAGCAGCAGCAGCAGCGGCAAGAGGAGGCGGCAAUGUGGUGGCAGCAGCAGUGGCAAGAGGAGGAGGAGGAGGAGGAGGUGGUGAUUUGAGCAUGAUCUCAUCGACAGGAACAUGUCACUCAAUUGGUCAACCAGGGGCAGGAUGCGGUAAGACUGGUCAGCAGGGGGAUAGACAUGCUACCGACCAAGAGAAAGACAAGGUGGAGAGGGUCAUCCAUGUUCUUCGCAUUGUUCUUGUCGCCAUUGGAUUCAUCGGCGUCGCUGGCACGGAUAAUCUAGCUUACGUAUUUACAUCUGAGUUGUUCCCAACUGAAGUACGGGGGGUGGCAAUGGGUAUCACUAGUCAGAUUGGACAGAUAGGCAGUGCAUGUGCACCCUUGAUUGCUGUCCUGGGACGUCAACAUGAAAGUAUCCCCUUCCUCAUCUUUGGGUGUGUGGGGGUCCUGGCAGGGCUUCUAGCGCUUCCUCUGCCAGAAACUCUAGGGCAGAGACUGCAUGAAACUCUAGAUCAAAUGCCAACUGACAACAAGGAAAAGAACUUCCUCACACAUCCUGAUACUACUGACGAUUAUGGCACCGAUGAAGAUAUCGAUAAGCGCAUCAUCGAUAAGGACUAGGAUGAAAGUUGCGGCACUCACUAGUACAAUGAGAAUGGCCAUGCUACUAGAAAAAAAGAUUACCUUCCUUGUCAUAUGACAUCAGCGAUAUGGAUAUGGAUGUCCUCAUGGAUCAGAACAGUCACUGUGAUGAAAGUGGUGGAGCUCACCACAAUGACAAUCAUGGGGAAACAAACGUGUCAACUACCG